AUGAAGUUUUUUGCUCUCGCUGCUCUCGCGGCGCCGCUCGUCUCGGCCAUCCAGUUCGUCGAGCCCGCCGCCAAUGCCACCCUUCACAAGGGUGACACCUUUGACCUCAAGUGGUCCACCGUCGAUACCGAUCCCACCGACUUCAGCGUCUACCUGGUCAACUUUGUCAACUGGCCUCCCUACUAUGCGCCUUUGGCCUAUAACGUUGAGCCUUCCUCCGGCGAGCUCAGCGUGACCAUCCCCUGCGACAUUGAUAGCUCCUAUGGCUGGCAAUUCAAUGCCAUUAACGGGACCAACGUCUACGUUAUAUAUGCCCAGACGCCCAAGUUCUUCAUCAGCGGUGGUCCCUGCUCGGUUGAUUCGCCCUUCCCGACCGGGGCGCCUUCUGUCUGCGCGCCGGAGGCCACCGUCACCGUCACGGUGAGCACAACCCUUUCGCAGUCCUCCUUCUCCACUCUUCUCUACGCCAACUCUACCGGAAUCGCCAGCCCUACCACUCUGAAGCCCGCCACCAUUACCAAGUCCCCCCUCCCUGGAAAGUGUCCUGACACCAUUGGCUGGGGCCCCUCAGGCUACGAUAAUCCCGUAACUCUGACCGCUAUCCCUACCGGUCCCGGUGACAUCCCCGCCGCGCCCACCGUCACCGCUCCCCCCGUCGCCAACGGCGCUGCGUUCUCGAGCAAGGCUGGCAGCACGAGCACCAUCUACCACACCGUCUACAAGGAUCUCUCUGAGGUCCAGGGUUGCGUGUGCUAA